AAAAAAAGAAAAAAAAAACAAAAGGAAGAACAAAAGGAAGAAAAAGUGAAAUACAUUGGGGUUAUUAGAAAUCCGGUACAGUCUGAGCGGAAUUUUGCCCAGGCAACCUCGGAGAAGACACCAUCGUCGUUAUUUCUUUGUUUGCACAACUUCAUUAAACUGUUUGUUCAACGGUUCUCUCAAAAUUUCUUCUGUUGCCAUCGUCUUCACCGACAGUAAGACUGACUUUCCCCUUCCGCUCACUCUUGAUCUGGGAUUUCCAAUUUCCCUUUGAUUUAUUCUCUGUUUGAUCAUUGCUUUUUACGUUAUCAAGUUGAAUUUUACCAUUUCUGUAUCGCGGUGUAUCGAUUAUGAUUUUUGGCCUUUUCUUUUGCGGAAGUUAUCGAUUCAAGAUCUUGCCCUUUCAUUUAUUCCUUUGUGCCUCUCGAUUUGGUGGCGUUGUUUUCAUUUUGUAAAUUGGUUGGCUGAUAUGCUUUCACCUGCCAAAAGAUCAAUUCAUCAAUGUCGUUCCGUUUCCAAGUCUUUUGCACAUAUCGAAUGUCUCCCUAUUGGAUUAGUUGCUGAAUCUUUGGUUGGGUGAUCAAGUCGGUGGAGAUGAGUAUUAAACCUAUAUUUUUCCUUAUGAUGCUUUUAGCUGGACUCAUUUGCGAUGAAGUUUGUAGCAAUGUUAGAGAAGCCUUAAUUUUUACCCAUAUUUGCUGCUUAAUUUAAUAGCAGAGAUUGAGUUUUAGACUUUUAGGCCAACCAUAUGACUUAGUAGAUUUGAAAUAUUCAUGCCCUCUUCAGCUUUUGAUUAGCAAUAUGAAGCAAUAUUAAUUCAUUCAGGCAUUCUGCUUCUUUCAUCUCGCCUAUCUAAUUGUAAUGUCUCUAGAUUCAGGGUCAUAAACAGGAUAAAUAUAGUGAAGGAAAUAAUCUCAAGUGACACAUUUCAAGUAGUUCUCUAAAAAGAAGUGGUAUUCGGGUGUUUUUUGUGAUUACAAUGAUUCCCACUUUUUCUCAGGGCUCUUCUUUUGCUAUAUGGAAAAUCGAAGCUAUCUUUAAGCUAUUGAAGGGUGCAUAGAAUGCAUGAUAGAGACACUGAAAGAAGAAGUCAGAGAUGUUUUCGUUAUUUUAUGGACUUUGGAAGUACAUGUUCAGCAAAACAGAGUUCCACGUUCUCAUUCUUGGAAUUGACAAGGCUGGGAAAACAACAUUGUUGGAGAAGUUAAAAUCACAGUAUUCGAACUUGGAAGGCCUUCCUCCUGAUCGUAUUGUCCCCACAGUGGGCCUCAAUAUCGGGCGGAUUGAAGUGUCAAACACAAAACUUGUAUUCUGGGACCUGGGAGGUCAGCCUGGUCUUCGGUCAAUUUGGGAAAAAUAUUAUGAGGAAGCGCAUGCAGUGGUAUAUGUUGUAGAUGCUGCCUGUCCAUCACGAUUUGAAGAUUCAAAGUCAGCCCUUGAAAAGGUUCUUAGGCAUGAAGAUCUGCAAGGAGCUCCACUUCUUAUAUUAGCAAACAAACAGGAUCUGGCACAAGCGGUGACAGCGGAAGAAGUUGGCCGAUAUCUAGAUCUGAAGAAAUUGGACGAGCGUGUUUAUACUUUUCAAGCCGUUUCUGGUUAUGAUGGGACGGGAAUUAAAGAAAGCGUAGACUGGCUAGUAGAUUCCAUGGAGAGAAGUAAGAGAACUGAGACUCUGAGAGCUCGUGCUGGCAUAGCAAAUAUUGGGACUGCAUAGAGAUUGUUUCAACCAUCAAAAUUUAGUCUUAUCAGACUUCCAUAAUGUCUAGGUUAGCUGGGGUUCAUUUGGGAUCCAAUGCGAUUUGCCGACCUUUUGCCAAUUGUUACAUCUUGUCCCAGUUAACAUUAUUUUCCUAUGGAAGUUCUUUACAUUUACAUGAACUUUGUUACUAUAUCGAUAUCGUUAUAUACAAUUAGUACUCUCAAUCAUUAGCAAAUUCAUCCAAUUAGCUGUAACAGGAUCUACUCGUUUUGGGAGUAAAUUAGUUACAUUUGGGAUAUUGCAGACUUUGCAGUUUACGAAUUCUCCAAAUUUGAG